AUGUGCGUCAAACAGCAUGAAAACAGUGAACGACUUGAACAGUUACUGCAUAUGGCUAUACCAAAAAAAAUGUCAAAUGCUGACGCUGUUUGUUUGGAUCCAUUUGAUGCGACACUAAAACUGAACUGUGGUGGUAAUAAGGAGUUACGGUAUUACUAUAACAUUACCGCUCAACAAUGCAUAUCGUUUGUCUACGACUUAAAUGUAGUAUAUCAUAGACAACAACAUAACCACUAUAAUCGACUACAUUCAGCUCAAGCAUUAUCACAGCCAUCUGCAGUUAUUCAGGACAAAGAACGGUGUUUAAAACCGUUUGACGAAACUUAUCAGCACGAUUGCUGGGGCUCAAAUACGUGGGAAAAGCGCUAUUAUUAUGACAGAAGCUCUAAUGAGUGUAUUAUGUUUUGGUAUGGUGGAUGUAGUUCAAUAAACAGCCAAAAUAUUUUUGAUACCACUAAAUCUUGUGAGAACGCUUGUACAAAGAUGUCUGAAGAUGAACCAUAUAGAAAGCACCAGUUAAAAUUUAAUAAACAUAUGAACACAAAAAUAGAUGACAGAUGUUUGGAUUCGUUCGAUGUAUCGCUAAAGCGUAACUGCAACGGUUUUAAAGACGUUCGAUCUUAUUAUAACUUAACUUCACAACAGUGUGAAUUUUUCUCGCUUGAUCUUAACUGUAAACAUACGACUGCUACACGAAAUCUUUUCAAUUUUUAUGAAUGCGAAAAACUGUGUAAUCCAACGAUACAAAUGCAAAGUUCGACAACGGCUGCAAAACUAGAAAAAUUACCUAAAAUAACCUCACUUCAUAUGAUCUCAUCACCCAACGAAAACGGGAAUAUUAGUUAUGCUCAGGAUUUAUUGGCUGUAGCAGAAAUGUGUGGUGAUGGUGAUUGGAAGCCACGGUAUUAUUACGACAGAACAGAAGGAACCUGUCGUAUAUUCUGGUGGGAUCAAUGCAAAAGUUCCAGUCGUAAUUAUUUUGAGGAGCUCGUAACAUGCCAAAGAAAAUGCGAAGGCAUGAUUGCAAUUGGCCAAUACUCCAAAAAGAAGCCGCACUAUACCGUUCAGAUUUUGCCAAAAAAAUUAAAUGCUUCGCAACGCGUAACAUGCGACAAACGUAAAAUACGUGGUACAGAAACGGUUCAGUCAUUAAAACAUUUCAAAUAUGUAGGCAAGAAUCGCACUUUUGUUGUCGCAGAGGCUUGUUUGGAACCAUUUGAAGAAUGGCUUUUAUGUUCAUGCAGGCAAGGAAAAUGGGUUCGUCGUUACUACUACAGCAACUCGGAACGUAAAUGCAGAAUGUACUGGUAUGACGGUUGCGAGGGAUCAACAAAGAACGACUUCGAUGACUUAUCAACUUGUUUAGCAAAAUGCGAAGGAAUUCUGCCAAGUAAUAAAUUGGAAUCACACUCAGAAGUCAUUUUGAAUGUUCUCGUAAUAAAUCUUAAAAAACUUUGAAU